AUGUCAACACCGCCUAAGGGGUUGCCAGGGACACCCGGCGGCUACGUCGUCUUUGGUCCGCAGGCAAACUGCACGCUCGACGUCUGUCCCAUCGAAUGGAGCGUCUACAAAUACCGCCCUUCAAUUGCCGCCAACUCCGUCUUCAUCGCCCUUUUUGCCAUUGCCAUCUCCGUCCACAUCAUCCUCGGCAUCCGAUGGCGCCAGUGGAAUUUCAUGGGCCUCAUGAUCUUUGGCUGCCUAGUUGAGAUUGGAGGAUAUGCGGGACGGCUGGUUCUCUACAACAACCCUUUCUCGUUUGGCGGCUUCAUGGACCAGAUUGUCCUUAUUACCAUCGGUCCCGUGUUCUAUACGGCCGGGAUAUACAUUACUUUAUCCAAAACCAUCAACUUCUUAGCUCCCGACAUCUCACGCAUCAAGCCCGAGCUCUUCUAUUGGAUCUUCAUCCCUCUCGACAUUGUCUGCCUCAUUCUCCAGGCCGCCGGAGGUGCUCUGUCUACAAUUAGCUCUGGUUCUAGCCAAAACGGAGUGGACAUUGCCAUGGCAGGUCUGGCGCUCCAAGUCGCCGGUCUCUUCUUCUUCAGCCUCCUGUUUGUCGACUACGUGACUCGCUAUGUGCGAAAGAAGAAGUCGGCGCCUUUGGGACAGAGGAUGCGCAUCUUCUUCGGAUUCCUUGGCGCCGCUAUCCUCUUGAUCUUUACGCGUUGCAUCUACCGAUGUUACGAGCUGAGCAAGGGCUAUGUUCAUUCUGAUCUAAUCACGGAUCAGGGCCUCUUCAUCGGCCUUGAAGGAGUGUUGAUCGUCGUCGCUGCUUUCUGCCUUUGUGUUGGCCACCCUGGCUUCAUUUUCGGUCGAGGCGAAACCAAGGAUAGUUCUAUCCCUACAGAUGAUGAGACUGCCAAUUUUGAGUCCAAACCUUGA